CGUGCAACACGCGUUCGUCGUUCGCAUAUAUUUAAUAAAUAUUCACUACUCUUUUUUUGUAUAUAUUAUAUGCAAUACGUUUAAAUAUACGCAUAUUUUUUGCGUUCAGAAUAUGUCGAAACGUUGUGCGUUUUGUUUUUGUUAAUUUUCUGUGCUUUGUUUUUGACACAAUUUCGUUUUAAUCAAUUGCGAGUUUUAAACAAAUUUCUGCGGUGCUCAGCAUAACGAACCUAGCAUAAACUAAAUACUAAAAACACUAAGUAACAGAAAAAGCAUGGUGAAACAAAGUAAGCGAAAUAAUUCUAGUGAAAUUGAAAGUAAAAUUUUAUUUACAAGAAAAAUUACAAGCAAACACAACGGAAGUGAAUAAAAGAGUGAAAUAGGAAACCCACAAAGUGCACGAAGCAUUAAUACAUACAAAAAAUAUAUACAAAAAUAUAUACAAAUAUACCGAAGUUCAAUUACAGUUUAGUGAGUUACUAAGGGUCAUUGAAGAAAGAAGUCUUAAAAAGUGUAAAAAAUCAAGUUAUUUAAUCAGUUUAUGCGUAAAAUGUUGUUAAUUUGAAAUAAAAAUCAGCUAAACAAUAAUGAAGAUAAUAAGAGAGAAAUAGAGAGAAGCUUGAAGUUGAAGUAAAGCAGUGCAACUGCUUAAUGAAAUCAAUUAAUAAAGUCUAAAGUGCAUAAGCAAUAAUUCUUAAACACUGUGACAACAAAUUCUGGCAGUUUAUGCAUAAGCUUUGAUAUUGGAGAGCACGAAGCAGAACAGAAAAGUGGGGAGUAAGGAGAUUUUCAUAAAGCAGCUCAUUAUAAGGAGUUACGAACUCAACUACACCAACAUAACAGUAAGCACACAUAUUCACCACUGAGCAAGUGCAGAGCUUCGCUUAGCCAAUACACAAACCGCCGCUGAAAGCGCAACAAACCAAGCAUUAAAUGCACCAAACUCACCACAGCGGUGUAGCAGCGCACAAAUACUCAACAUACAUUCAGCAAUAAGCAAUACAGCACAUCAGCGAGCGCGGCAUAGAACACAAAUUAAAUACACCACACAACAACAUGGCGACGACUAACGCAAGCACAACGAUAACGACGACACCAACAACGGAUGACGACUAUGUGACUGUUGUUGAAGUAGACGAUCCCGCAUCCAAAGACACAAACCGCAGACAGCUAGUCAAGCAAAGACAAAGCUCAGUCGAAGAAGACUCUUCCUAUAUAACUGUACUAACGAUCAACAAUCAAACACAAUUGCACAACACUAACAGUGGUGGCAGCGAACAAAGUGCCGGAAGUGUAGAAGCAAAUGCGCACAAUGGCAACACGAAUGGUUUGUUGCACACCGCAGAGGCGGAAGCAGAUACUGAACUGUUAAUAGUGCACCGGCAGCCAGGUGAACGUUUGGGUUUCGGUCUAAAGUUUCAAGGCGGCACACGUAGCGCCGAAAAGGUGCACAAACUCUACAUACAGUCCUGCGCUGCCGACAGUCCGGCCUCCAAAGUGUACGCCAGUUGGGGUGCAUUGCGCGAGGGCGAUGAAAUCGUCAGCAUCGAUGAGCAACGCGUCUGUGAGCUGACGCGCAUUGAAUGCGUGCGCUGUUUGAAAGAUAAUGUCGCAAUACGUUUACGGGUGCGCAACGGUUAUGGACGCAAGCCAGAGACGGAGGAAGAGCUGUUGUUGGCGGGCGCCAAUACUAUGGAUGCAAUGACGGGCAGCGCGUCGGGUGCGCGUAUGCUGAGCAAUGAUGCAAGCGGCACAGCUGUGAUUAUGAGCAAUGGGCCAAUGAAGGGCAGUCCGCCGCCACCACCGCCAGUGCCGCCACGUAAGCUCGUGAAGCGCAAGUCUUUAAAUGGCGAAAGUAAAGUUGUGGUGCCUGCAGCGUCGGCUACCAACAGCGCUAGUGCCGCGCCAGCAAUUACACUAACAGCGGCGAGCGCGUCACAUGGCGGCGAGGUGGAUAAACCUUUUACACCGCCGCCAGAUGCUGAGUAUUACAUAAAUCUGUUUGCCGACGGGCAAUCGCUAAAGACAGAGUCGGAAUCGGAUGACACUGCAAGCACAAUUUCGACAGUGAUUGAUAAAUUCUCCAUGAGCUCCAACUAUUCGUCCGAAUCGGAUCUGUCCAGCUACACAUCGCUGACAAAUGGCCAGAGUGUGAUUAAUAAAUCAGAGUUGGCAAAGGUGCUCAAGCCGUUCACAAUGCUGGAGCAAGAAUUCAAUGUGAAUGUGAAUGGCAAUGCGGCAGUGCAGUUGGAUGAGUGUCUUAAGAAAGUCGCCGAUGUGCCAUCGCCAACAAUGGGGGAUGUAAUGCCAGAUUUGUUGGCGGGCACAAUGUCCGCGACGCAAGCGAAGAAACCGUUAACAUUUAUACCAGGCAACAACUACGAGAAUGUGGAGUUUAAGACCGAGAAGGUGAACACCUAUGAGAAUGUGGAGCUAAAACCACAGGCAACAGGUGCGCUAAAUGUGGUGUUACCAACACCUAAACCGCGACAAGCCGUAGUUGGCACAAACGGCUCGCCGACAGUUGAGCCGAAGAAACGUUCAAUUAUACCCACACCACGUAAAAUUGCCACACCCACUAAGCUACCCAUACAAGUGGCGCCACCGACAGUACCCAGCGAGGCGUUGCAAGCUAGGUCAACACCUAAAGCGGCAAAUACUCCGAAGACGCCCACAACACCUACCACACCCAACACACCGACGCACUAUCCGCAAACGCCUGCAAAUACGCCAACCACGCCCAGCCCACACGAGAGCACACAAAGCGCUAAGGAGUUCAUAACGAAAAUACCGAAAGCUAUAGCUUCGGUGUUUGGUCCAAACUCACAGCGUUCCUUCGAACGCGCAAAGACUGAAGGCGAAAUCAAGCUUAAACAAAGUCCUGAGCUUGCGGCAACUAUUAAGCAACAGACCGCUAUGUUCUUGGAUAAAGAAUGUCACAGUUCUACGGAGAGCGUGGCUAGCGCCAUACGCAAACCACCGACAGAUAAAGCAAAACCUGCUGAAACUAGUAAAUUAUCGCCACACAAAUCGCGCAUUCCGGUCGUGCUCUCGCCGAAACGUUCGCUCGAGUUGGACAGCUCCAUGGAACGAAAGCACCUUGGCAGUCCUUCUAAUAUACCACGUUUCUUAACGCACAAACAAAAAUCCGAAACGGAUCUGAAACUCGGACUCUAUCGCAGCAAGUCUAAGGAGUCCAGCCCGCCGGUGAGUUUGAAAAUGCCGUUGCAACGCACGAAUUCAGCCGAAUCAAAACUGAAGAGUCCCGAACGUACACUCAUACCCGUCUUUAGUGGACAGUCGACAUCCGCUGAGGCAAUACUAGCGUCAACUACUACAAUCACAUCCACAAAAGUCAAAGGUCCGAAACCUAAACCACCAGAGCGUGUGCAAUCAUUGGCCAAGACGCCGACGCAUAUACCGAAAUUACAAACUGCUCAGGGCGCUAAUGGUACCGUUACAGUAACACUUGGCGACCGCAGCGUGCAAACACCAUCACCUUCAAUAUCUCCAGCGCCCGGUAAUGCACCGAUAAUGCACACUUUCAAACAACAAUCACCACCAGCAAGCGUCUCACCGAACCGCGAAAUCCGUUUCAAAAUACAAACGUACGAGAGCAAAGCUCAAGAACCGCGCACACCGUUUACGGAUGUCAAUGACAAUGAAGACGAAAAGUUGCCCAGCCUCUUCGACCUCGUACGCAAGCACAGUCCAAAUGCUCAACUCAAGGACGAUGGCAACUCAUUGAACACAACUUUGUCCACAUUUAAGACACCGUCGAAUUUUGAACACGAGCAACAUUUGGAGAGCAACGUCGAUGAUGAGGAUCCGCCACCAGCUGUGGUGGGCAAAUGCAUUAAGGUGAAUGACUCACAACCCACAUACUACUCCAGUUCGAGUGAAGAUGAUGAGGAGGAGGGUAGUGCUGUCGAUAAUGAUGCUGAGCGCGAUUAUGACUGUGAGGAUGGUGAAAAAUUGGGACCGCCGGAAGUGAUUAACGGUCCGGGACCAUCCGAAGCUUACUUCAAUCUUUAUUGGCAUUCAAAUAUGUUGCCAACCAUUGGUGAGGUGGAAGAGGAGUUCUCGUCGCUGGAGCCGCAGUCUUUGCCGAAUGGACCGAUCGUAAUUGUGGAUGAUUUGAGCCAACAGCAGCAGAGCAAGCAGUCUGCAAGUCACAUUGAAGUCGAGAAGGUCAACGAGCAGCAACGGAACGCUGAAAGUAAGGAAAAGAAAGACACGAAAGCCCCGAAGGAGACAAAGGAAGCAAGUGGUAAAAAAACUACAACAGAGACCGACGUCGCACAGACGAAACAAAGCUUCGAACGAGUAGACGAAGUUAAGAAGACCGUGGUAGAGUCCGCAAUACUGAAGACGCACGAGCACGCUGCAAACGAAACCGUAAGCGCUAAUAGCGCCGCAGACCAACCAGCAAAGACGGACAAAGGAGGCUUGCACGAGCUGAAGAGCCACACGCCUGUGACAAAUAAAUACCGAAAUACGCAAUUUUUGGGCACACCUGUGACACCACCAACAGUACCAGAAAUAGAGAAAGCUACAACAAAGUUAGAACACACAAGCGUAGGUGAAAAGAUGUCCGAAGCGGACGCAAUGCUGCCGACAAGCCAAGUUGUUGGUGAAAAGAUAGUGACAGUGAAAGAGAAUGCAACUGAAAUGAAUGAACCGAUAAAAGCAACAACAAUAACAACAGAAAAUAUACAACAAGUGAAACAAAGUGAUAAGAUAAGUGGCAUUACGGCCGCAGCAAUGACGGACCGUAAUUACCAAAUGAGUGCGGGUGAGCUGAGCGCGGCAUUUAUUAGGGCCGAGCAAAAUGAUAUGCAAAAUGCCAAGGCUAAUGAGCCAAAUACAGUUGACAAUAUUGAAGCAGUGAUAACAGUUAAUCAGGUGUCGAACAAAGUGCCGCCAGCAACGGCUGAAGUGCAAGCAGGCGUAGAACUAGUAAGUGAGACAGACACAAAGAACGCAGUGGAGGCCGUAGAGCUGGUGGAUACUAAUGCAGCAGUAAACGAAAAUAUAGACAAAAUUAAAAAGCUGGAGACGAAUGAAGUAUUACCUGCAGAGACGCAUGCGGUCAAUGAGUGCAAGGUCGAAACGGCCGAGACUACAACUACGACCAGCAAUAGCACGAAUAGCACGAAUCAGACCAGUGAGACGCAUACCGAGCACAAGUCGGAAGAGCGUGUGGAGCAAAAGUCGGAAGUAAAGUCCGAGAUCAAAACGUCGGAGACUACAUCUGAGACGCGUCAAUCUACACAAAAGGUGGCGCAUACCAAGACAACGACUACAACUAAGAAGCAGGUAAUCAAGUCUACCACAUCGACUUCACAACUGCAUGAGAGCUCUAAUAUAGAUGCACUAGACGGACUGUCUGCGGAGAUGCGUAAGAUGCUGGAAGCUGGUGGUGGCAAGAUCACGACCGUGACGAGCAGCACAACACCACCGCUACCAACCAACAAUAAUAAUUUGACGGAACAAUUCAACAAACCCAUUGCCUUCACGCUACAACCGUACGCUGAGCGUGUUAGCGGUACGCCACGCAUAACUGUCUUCGAGGAGCGGCAAUUCGAGAGCAAACAAAAUGCCUACACUGAGAUACGCACACGCGAUGCAAGCGGCGAGGAGAAGGUACAAACCAGCACAGAGUCGCAUAAGGAGCGCGCCAAAUUGAAGAAAGUACACAGUCACGACAACGAAUUGGAUCAGCUCGGCAUUGUGAUCGAUGCUGAUGGUGUGGCAGCCGACAAAAGUCAGCCGAUGACGAUCACCGCGUCUGCGGAGACACGUAUAUCGGAGUUAGCCGAGAAUCCACAAGAUAAGCAAAGUAUUGAAAGGGGUAUUUUGAAUUUAUCGGAGAGUGGUAAACAAUUGCAACGCAACGAAGCGGGCGCUGUGGAGUAUAUGGAGUGUGAGCAUCAAGUGCAGGACUCAUAUGAGGAUGUUGAACAAGUUUUGGGUGGUGAGAGCGUCGAUGAGACUGCAAAAAUGCCGACACUCUUACGUGAGUUAAGUGAAACUUUGACUGUAACUAAGGAUGGUGAGAAGCAAGUGACACGUCGCAGUGAAACCACGAAAGAGACGCCAAAGAAGGGUGCCAAACUGCUAAAGAAGUCCGAUGAUGAGCGACGCUUGGAGUUGGAGGCGCAAAAGCUGAUUGAAAGCUAUCAGAAGGUGAAGAAAGAAGCCGAAAAACUAUUCCAGCAUGAGUUGUGCGAGGACGAAGGCUUCGAUUUUGGUGAUGAUAAGCUGAGGAAGUCUGAAGAAAGUGUUAUACAACAAAAUAAAACCGUAAAAGAAAAUGUUGCGAGUGUUAAUACAGUUACGAACACAAGCGAGGAGAAGCAGCAAAUUAUGGUGGACGAUAUGAAGUUGUUGCAGCCCGAAUUAGAAGUGAGCGUUAAGGACGCCGCAGAAGCAGCAAAUAGCAGUGAAGCAGAUGUUAGUAAAACUGCUGUUGUGCAGAACGAACAGCCAGAGUUAAAACAAGAAACUAUGAGCCUCAGUAAGCAGCUUGAUACGGAACAUAAAAAUUUGGAUGUUACGAAGUUGACUGCUGGAUUCUUGACAGAAGAGCGAAAUUUUAUGAAUCGAGAAAGCGUACGGCCGGAGAAAAAGACACCUGUUGAGAAAAAGAAAACAGCAGCGAAAAGCAAAAAGGGGGUGUCCAUACCGACCGUACCUACCAGCGUAUCGCCCGACUUGUUGGACAAUGAACCAAUUUAUGUGUUGCAUAAAAAUAUUAUCGAGGCACCGAUAGUACCAACUUUGACAGCUGAACCAAAUAUCGAGCCUACGCUGCCUAACUCCAAGGAAGUCAUUGAAAUCCAAGAAGUUAUAACGCCAACUCCAACGGAAGUCGAUUUACCACAAAAAAUAACACAGUUCGAAACUGUGGACAUCAAGAUUAGUGUGCCAACGUCAGCCAAGAAAACCAAACCUAACGUAGAGGUCAACACAAGCAGUGCAACCAAAUCAGCGUCGACGCCACCCAUACCGCAGAAGCGUGAACACAAAUCCACAGAGAGUACGCACAGUAACAAGGUAUCCACACUUGCAACCACCAACACACCCACGCCGACACCCAAAAAACGUGGCUCAAUCGAACUGCACAGCAAUACUGCCGCCGGAGACCACACAACGAGCGCGGCCAAACUGCAAACAACUGAAUUAGAAAUCCCAAUUAACAAACAGAAACUCCAACAAAACAUCAACGCAGCCGCCGCAGCAGCACAACCAAAGCUCGAGCGCAUUAUCGUUGGCGUAGAACAGCAGCAAUUUGACGAUACCAACAACAAUAGCAGCAAACAACCGGCAAUCAUUAACCUAGCUAGCGAAGAUUUGCCAACGGAAAUGGCGGUCACUGCAACGAAACAAGUUGUCGCCGAUGUGCUAAGCAGCAGCGGCGGUGCGAUCGCUACGGAGCUGCAUUUGGAGACUAUUAAUUUGCCAAAUGAGCCACAAAAUACGUGCAACGUGUCGACAGAGAAAUUAAGGAAAACAGAACGUGUUGGCGAUGGCAUGCAAAUGACAAAUACAACUACACCAACAAUAGCGUCUGCGACAUUUGUGUCAACAUCAUCAUCGGCAGAUUCGGUGCAAAGUGUCAUCGAAGUGGGUGGCAUUGUGGAAUCACCAUCGGAGGAUGAGGUCACGCCAGGCAUUACGCGGGAUACAAGUGAAGAAGGUGAGUGA